UCAGAAUCAGGUAAAAUAUUUCUGCAUUCUGGAGUUGAUAGAAAGUAUCACAGGGAUUCUGGCCAUGGGUAUCUUGACCCUGUCAGUGGGCUGUUUUGCGCAGAAUAUGACCCAGCGUACUGCUUGGGCCUCCGUUUCCCUUCUGCUGAUCGGAGGAGGUUCAAAGCUCGUGGUGUUUGCCACUGGACGAAGAUUUGUUGACCGAAUCUCCCUUGACGGCAUGUCUUGUGCGCACGUGGCAGCUGACAGAAGAAGGGCACAUUCAAAACGAAGGGGGGCGUUCCGAUUUCGCCACCUGUCGGUCCUGCGGGACAUUCGCCUUGCAACUUUGGUCCUUCAGGUGUCCCUCGGGACAUUUCUGUAUGUCUCUAUCCAGGAACUCCGGCUUUUCCCAAAGUCUGAUGUUAAGUCCGAGAACCUGGGAAUAGACCGUGCCAUUGAGUUUCUGGUAAUCAGUUGUUGCAGCCUUCUCGUCCAUUCCCUUGUCCAGUGUUCUUUGGUCUUCUUUUCUCUCUUUUAUGCUUUAGCAGGCUAUGUCAAACACCACUCCGAUGACCCAAUAGGGGGGCUUGCGGGCAGAGUACAGCCUGAACAGAAGUUCAUGAAGGGAUUCAUGCUGGAGAAAUGGUAUAGGCAUCAGAUGGAGGUCGAUGCUGGCGUCACUUGGUAUGUGCACUUGAAUCGUCAUUUCUUCUUCGAUGCUGAGGAUGCUUUAGAGAACAAAGAUGUCUGUGGCCUGCCAGGGUACUGGUUCUUCAGCGUCAAGGAACUGUUGAGCAUAGUCAGGUUCAAUCUGCCUGACGCGGCAGGCGAGUGCCACCAAUCGUCCGCGUGGAGUCGGUCAGGGAAAUCAGGGAGCAAGCUAUCAUUAUUGCAAUGCCUGGAAUCUUUACUUCAUCUGUCCCAAACAUCUAUGACUGGUGUCCAGCUCACCGACAACACCCAGUACAUGCAUGAUCUGCCUCAGACUAGCCGCUGCAUGCACGAUGUUGAUGCGGGUAGAGACUUUGCUCAAGCUGGAGGCUAUGCAACCAUGCUACUUGUGAUGCAGUCGUGCCGACCUGAUUCUGAAGAAGUGCGGUGUGCUGCUUCCAUUGUUGCGGGAUUUGCUGCCGGUCUCUCCGUCCUUCCUUGGCAACCUGACCGCAACACUGCGGGCAUGAGCUUCAUCUUGAAGAUGCUGACUACAGAUGUUUUCAGGGACCACACAAGGCAACUCUUCCUCGUCCUGUUCAGGCUGCUGAAACCCAGGAGUCCCAGUUUGCCGGCUGGCAAACAGCUACGGGUUCAGGAGGCCGCUGCAUCUGCUAUCUGUUCCCUCACGCGUGUUGCCAGCGAUAUACACGCGCACUAUCACGCCUCUAAAGGGCAGCUUGAGGAACAGCCGGAGACAUCACGGCGAUAUACAGAACAGGUUGAGCCAUGCGUACAACCCGGUAUGCAACCGCCAUGGGCACAAGAAGCGGAAAGAGUGCCAACGACCAUUAUUGAUUUUGAGCCGCCAUGCGUACAACCCGGUAUGCAACCGCCAUGGGCACAAGAAGCGGAAAUAGUGCCAACGACCAUUAUUGAUUUUGAUACGGAGCGGUGUGAAGAGCAUGGUGCUGCUAGGUUGGAAGAUACGAGGCUGAGCAAUGCCUUCACCACUGCCGUCCCAGACGGUUGGCGACUGCCAACGACCAUUCCUGAUUUUGAAUCUGCAGAGUUGAUAUGGGCAGCAGACAUUGUGGACUUCUUCUUGACCGAAGACAAGUUCAUGGGCAUUCUGCUAGAUUGUCUGGCAAAUACGGAGUCACAUAACGUCGCUUCCGCCUGUUUGAGGACUCUGUCAUCGCUGUUUUCGUGCAGGAUGAUCUACUGGCAUCGUUUCGAUAUGAGAAUGCCAACGGGUUUUCCUCCCCCUCUUGCUUUGAUCAGAGAUUUUGUUGACAACAACAGCUGUUCAAGUGACCUCACAGACAGACUGAAAGAUCUCCUUCUUAGCUGCAUUGAGGGAGGAGAGCAGGGUCGAUUUGUUGAUAUGGCUAAGCCACCUAUAAGAAACGAUCACAGUCACAUGGCUAAGCCACCUAUAAGAAACGAUCACAGUCACGACAAAGACCAAGGCGGAACUCCGAGCUCUCUUGAUCCUAUGGUGGAAAAGGAAACAGGUGAUGAGGAGAGAGGUACAAGAUCUCAUCAGACUUCACAAGGCGACUCGAGAAUCCGACAAGAGGACACGUGUGCGCCUAAAGAAUCUUAUCACCUGGGUCAUCAUGAAGAAAUGUGGAAUGAAUAUCAGGCAGAGUUGCGCUUCUCCCAUUAUUCACAGUUGGAGCUGGCCAAGAUUUUCGUCUCUCAGGGCAUACGAGACAUCGACAAGGUCCUCGUGGAGGUCUUGCUGCAAUGCCUGUCCUACUGGGCUAGCGCACUCGGCACUGUCGAAGUCAGGUGGAGCGCUACAGAAACCAUAGAAGUCCUGCGUGAUCUGUUCCGAACCUCAGACCAUUGGGAUUCUCUAUCGCCUAUGCUCUUCCCCCAUCUAAGCAGCAUCAUUGCCAAGUGCUUGCAUCUUGGUACAGAUGACUUCAAUCAGUUUCUUCGUAGGGUUUCGUCAAAUUGCCAAGCAUCUCCCUCCUUAACCGACGCUGAAGCAUGCUUAUGCGGUCUCGCUGCGUCUGCAGCUGGACUUCUAGGGGACUUGCUGAACAUGCAAUGCCAUGGGGGCAGCCCACAGCCAAUCAGCUCUCUUCUGCACCCCCGUUCUGCGAGACUUGUUGAGCCGCAACGUUCGCGACGUUGGUCAGCAUGUUAUCCCGGGGAUGGUGUCUUAAGCAAACGACGGACAGCAGUCACAGCACCAGCAACCGACGUCGUAGAUGCCUCUAGUACAUCUCUAAACCUCUACAGGCUAGGACUGGCAAUUUUGCCUGACCCGAACAUCACAAAUGAUGCCAUCAUCACACUGUUCAACAGCUUGAGCUUUAUGACCCUUUGCCGGAUCUCUGGGGAUAUGUCUUGGCACCAGGUCUGUUGGGAUAUGUAUGGACCUGCAAGAAAAACCCAUGUGUUUCGCAUGACGUGGACUCUAAAUCUUAAAUAUUGGAUUGCGCGCAUCUGGCAAAAUCUUAAAUACACCAUCACAGCUUGGAUUGCGCGCAUCUGGCAGUCCUUGUCCAAUCCAGUGUGGCUACCUGGACCUGCUCUGAUGGAAAGUAUGAAUUCAGACUCGACGGAGGGCUGUGAGGUGUACAAUAUGUCACGGCUUGAGAGGACUGUGAACGCUGUGCUGGGAAGAAGAAACGCAGUGAGAGUUAUCGAGUACGUAAUCCAGCUAUACGCGCUACAGUUCGACCAUGAGCAACUGGAUGUCCUUGUUCUACCCCUGGUUUGCGGGCUCAGGAUGCAUGCCAGGGUCCCAGCAAAAAGGCCGCAAGAGCAAUGGCUAAAUCGGAUCAUCUAUGCUGACGAAAUGGGUUAUGAUCGAACUAGCAUACUGCUGGAGACGGUCAAAACUCUGAGACAUCGUUAUUCGUUAUCAGAAGCGGCAAAGACUGUGUAGAACAGGAUUUUGGUAACCUUGAGG